CUUCCUCCGGGCACACAAGUCCUCCCCCUCUCACCAGGGCCCUCGCCCGCUGGUCCGCCAGGCGCCGCCUUUUUUGCGGCCCCCAUUGUGCUGCUGGACCCGACGAGCAGGGUUGACAGUGAACCCCACGUAGACGCGGCCCCGGUACCGGGGGUUCAGGCAGUAGAGCAGGUAGACGCCGAAGAAGCGCCCUGGCCUCGCCGCGACCCCCGCGGGACCCAUCGGGGCUUGGGGUUCGGGAACCACAGCAGGGAGUUGAUUGCCGUGACCUAGGGUCCAGGGGAGGGCUGGAUCGCUAGGGCUGCAGGGUGCUUGCUUCGGAACAAGCUCCCGGGGACUAUCCGGAGGAAGCCUGGAGGCCGCCGUAGCGCGGGUACUUGCUCCUCUUCUGUCUGGAGGCGGCUGUAGAAGUCCGACCGCGGAAGCCAGACUGCUGUCGGGUCGGCGAGCGCGUACCAUUCAGCAUCGGCUCCGCCCGAGUCCCACCUUCCUCAGGCUCUGAUUGGCUGACAGAUGGCAAGCGCGAAAAGCCUGGACCAUUGGAAAGCCCGGCUGCUUGAGGGCGGAAGUACUGCGUUGACGUACGCCUUAGUAAGGGCGGAAGUGAGUUUUCCAGCGGAAGCGGCUCCUGUAAGGCAGCAAAGUAGCGUGGCCGGCGUCCGAGCCGGGGUUGUGUCUCCGCUGGGCUGCCGCCCCAGCUGGACUACCGCCAUGGAACUCAGCGCCGAAUACCUCCGGGAGAAGCUGCAGCGAGACCUGGAGGCGGAGCAUGUGCUUCCGAGUCCUGGUGGUGUCGGCCAAGUUCGAGGGGAAACCGCUGCUUCAGAGACACAGGCUGGUGAACGCGUGCCUAGCAGAAGAGCUCCCGCACAUCCAUGCCUUUGAACAGAAAACCCUGACCCCAGAGCAGUGGGCACGUGAGCGACAGAAAUGAGGGACUGGGAUCUGCACAGCCAUUAAAUUAUAAGUCUGGACCA